GAAUUACCCUCUGUGGCUCCGAUUGGCCUACCUGAGGAACUCUGGAGCUCGAACAAUCAUGUGCUGGAAGUCCUCAAGUGACAGACGCCCAUCGUUGUCCAGUUUAUAUUGUGUCACUGCAUGAACCAUGAAGGUGAUGCCUCUCCUCUCUAAUGGUUUGCCUAAGCUGAGCACAAUGGACAUCGCAGAUCUCCACACUACCGAGACAUGCCGGGAGCUUUCCGAGUCCUCGAGUCUGGAGUCUUUAAACCAGAAUAAAUGUGACAUUAAAGGUUUUCUCCGCAGAAGUGCUUUUGUUCUUCUCACUACAGCUGCUAUUUUUAUCGGGGUUGGCCUGGGCUUGGCUCUGCGGCCCAGUAAGAUGACACCCACAGCUAUAAAAUACUUCACUUUUCCUGGAGAGCUGUUGCUGCAAAUGCUACAGAUGCUGGUGCUUCCUCUCAUCACCACCAGUGUGAUUUCAGGCAUGGCAUCUGUGGACAGGAAGUCUUAUGGGAAAAUUGGACUUCGGGCUCUCUGCUAUUACAUCGGGACCACCACCAUGGCUGUGUCCACAGGCAUCGUCCUAGUUGUUCUUAUCCGGCCAGGGAAAUUACCCCGUGACACAUCAACGUCCUCUGGUGGUCAAGUGGAGGCUGUGCAGAUUGUGGAUGCCUUUCUGGAUCUGAUCAGAAACAUGUUUCCCCCGAAUGUGGUGGCUGCCUGCUUCAGACAGUAUAAAACUGUUUAUUCCAAAAUCAAUCUGACGAGUGAGUACACCGGGACUUUUAGUGUCCCUUCAUGUGACUGUGAUGCAUUCAUUAUUUCAUGAGUGGCUGUUAUCAUGACCUGUAACAGCACUUCUUGGACCCCGACAGAUGACACAGUUCCGAUGUCAGGCACCUCAGACGGGGUCAAUAUUUUGGGUUUAUUAGUCCUCUCCAUCGCCUUUGGCCUCAUCCUGGGCUAUAUGGAGAAUGAGGGAAAACCUGUGAGAGACUUUGUCAACUGCCUGAAUAAAGCGAUCAUCCAUCUUAUCAACAUAGUCAUCUGGUAUUCCCCAGUGGCGAUCGUCUUCUUGGUUGGGGGACAGAUUUUGCAGCCGAAGGACAUUAGCGUUAUCGGUCUGCAGCUUGCCAUGUAUUCUCUGACUGUGAUCACUGGCCUACUGAUCCACUGUUUCUUCACCCUUCACCUCAUCUACAUCAUCUUCACACGCAAGAACCCCUUCGAGUUAGUGGGUGGCAUACUCGAGGCUCUCACCGCUGCCUUUGGGACCUCAUCCAAUUCUGUGGCCGUACCCAUCACCAUACGUUGUCUGGAGCAAAAUCUAAACAUGGACAGAAGGGUGACGCGCUUCAUGGUGCCUGUAGGGAGCACGAUGACCAUGGACGGCACAGCGCUUUACGAGGCAGUAGCUUCCAUAUUCAUAGCACAAGUUCAUAAUGUGGAGCUCACAUUGGGUCAAAUCAUCAUUAUCAGCAUCACAGCCACAGUGGGGGCUAUCGGGGCCGCGGGAAUCCCACAGGGCGGCAUUGUAACCAUGACGAUCGUGUUGACAUCAGUUGGACUGCCCCUUGAAAGCAUUUCAUUCAUCAUCACAGUCGACUGGAUGCUAGAUCGUCUGAGGACCACCACCAAUGUGCUUGGUGACUGCAUCGGCGUGUGUGUGGUGCAGCAUCUCUCGAAACACGAGCUGCAGAGCCACGGUUCUACAGAAGAGUGUUUCGUGGCAGAGAACCGAGUGACGACUUUCAACUGAGGCGCGACACCAGAGAGCAUCCCCUCCUAUUCCUCAGUCCCUGUGGAGUUUUGUUUUGACUUUUGUUUUUGUUUAUUGAUGCCAAGCAAAAGGAAUGUUGAGGAAAUACCUGAUGGUGCCUGUACAGAUUUAUCUCAAAUUACUUUUAAUAUACAACAAUAACUUUCUACAGCUACCUCUACUUGGAUGUGGUCUUAAAUAAAGUCUGCGUUAUAGAAAAGAUAGCUAGUGACUGAACUUAAAAGCAACGUUAUGUAGAAAUUGGCAUUGAGUGUGUGAUUUGGCUCCCCCCAUAGUUCUAUGAGAGCAACGCCACUGUCUUAAAUACAAAUCCCAGGUCUGCAACAACUUCCCUGAUGUAAUGUAGGUGAGAAGUUGGUUGAAGACUGAGGAUUAAUUUAGUUUGAAGUUGGUUGGUAACAUUUCGACAUCAUCAAAUUAUGGAAACUGUUAUCCUUUUAAAAGAUUGUAAAUAUUCUUCCAUUUUGACCAUUUUUUUCUGGGUGUAUUUCAAAGAUCGUGAAUGUUGAUUCGUUCCUGUCAUUACAAGGUUAUAAAUAA